AGCUGAUACUUCUGCCUGAGCCACAAGUGCUGCUUGGAAAGGGCUCAGGUUGUUUUCACGGGGAGAACUCUGCAGAGAAGAGAAAAAGUUCAGCAGGACAACCAAGGAGCAGUAGAAACAGCCAGGAAAACGAACAGCCCUCACGUUUCCACACAGAACCCUCAUCAGAGUUCUCGCAUCCUAAAGUAUUCUGUGAGGUGCCACUUGACCGGAACUUUUCUCCUGCCUUUUCCUGUCUCCAACCAUCAUGACUGAGAUCACUGCUGAAGGCAAUGCAUCUACUACCACAACUGUCAUAGACAGCAAAAAUGGAUCUGUGCCCAAAUCCCCUGGAAGAACAUUGAAGAGGGCAGUGACGGAAGACAUAGUGACGACAUUCAGCUCUCCGGCUGCCUGGCUGCUGGUCAUUGCUCUGAUCAUCACCUGGUCAGCUGUUGCUGUUGUUAUGUUUGACUUAGUGGAUUACAAAAACUUUUCAGCAAGCUCUAUUUCCAAGAUGGGCUCAGAUCCUCUAAAACUUGUACAUGAUGCUGUGGAGGAAACUACAGACUGGGUCUAUGGCUUCUUUACUUUGUUGUCUGACAUCAUCUCGUCUGAGGGUGAUGAAGAUGAUGAGGAUGGGGACGAGGACACUGAUGAAGGAGAAAUAGAGGAACCUCCCUUGAAAAAGAAAGAAAUACACAAAGAAAAGACUGAAAAGCAGGAGAAACCUGAGAAGAAAAUACCAACCAAAGUUACACACAGAGAAAAAGAAAAAGAAAAAGAAAAAGUGAAAGAAAAACCUGAAAAGAAAGCAACUCACAAGGAAAAAAUUGAGAAAAAAGAAAAACCAGAAACAAAGGCAGUGGCAAAAGAAGACAAGAAAGCUAAGACUAAAGAAAAGAUCGAAGAAAAGAUUAAAAAGGAAGUGAAAAGUGGGAAACAAGAGAAAGUGAAGCAAACAGCUGCAAAAGUAAAAGAAGUACAGAAAACAUCACCUAAACCCAAAGAGAAGGAUGAGGAAGAGACUGCAGCUGUCUCCAAGCAUGAACAGAAAGAUCAGUAUGCAUUCUGUCGAUAUAUGAUUGACAUGUUUGUCCAUGGGGAUUUAAAACCAGGACAAAGUCCAGCCAUACCACUUCCAUUACCAACAGAACAAGCUUCCAAACCCUCUCCAGCUUCACCUACUCUUGAAGAAAAAGAAGAGGAAAAGAAGAAAGCUGAGAAGAAAGUGACUUCAGAAACAAAAAAGAAAGAGAAAGAAGAUGUCAAAAAGAAAACUGAGAAGGAAACUGUCACUGAGGUGAAAAAAAAAGAACCAGGGAAAACUCCUGAAGUCAAACAAGGAACUAUAAAAGCUGCAGCACAAGCAGCAACUAAAAAAGAUGAAAAGAAGGAAGAUUUCAAGAAAACAAAAACACUUGCAGAAGAACAACUCAAGGGAAAAAAACAGGAAAAGAAAGAAAAACAUGUGGAACCAGCAAAGUCACCAAAAAAGGAACAUUCAGCUCCAAGUGACAAACAAGUAAAAGCAAAAACUGAACAAGCCAAAGAAGAGACUGGUGCUGCCUCAACUAAAAAAGUUGUACCUGGAAAGAAGGAAGAGAAAACAACGAAGACAGUGGAGCAAGAAAUUAGAAAAGAAAUAUCUGGGAAGACUUCUCCUGUUCUGAAGGAUAAAGAGCCUAUUAAGGGGAAGCAAGUGAAGGUUCCAACUUCCCGGAAGGAAAAAGAACCUGAAAGUAAAAAAGAUCAAAAGAUGUCCAAAGCAGACAAAGAAGUCAAGCCUAAGCCUCCACAAACACAAGUGAAAAAGGAAGAGAAGCCAGAGUCACAAGUUAAGAAGGAAGCAAAACCAGCUUCAUCUGAAAAAACUAAAAUAUACAAACAAGACAUAGUGAAACCAGACAAGACUGUUUCUCAUGGUAAACCAGAAGAAAAAGUUCUCACUCAGGUAAAAGCUACCACAAUAGAAAAAACAGUCAAGCCCAAAUCAGCAAAAAAAGCUGAACAUCAAGAAACAGAAUCUCCACCUACAAAAACAGACAAACCAAAACCAAUUUCAAAGGAAACAUCAGGGGCUAUAGAAUCAGGGAAGAAGAAAAUUGAAAAUUCAAAAAAGGAAAGUAAAGAAAAAACAGAAAUGAAACAUCUUAAAGAAGAAAAAGUUCCAACAAGAGAAGAAAGUCUUCAAUCAGACAAUGAGACAAAAGCAGAAAAACCUACAAGAGUUUCAGAGGAUUUUGAAGAUGUACCAGCUUCAAAGAAAGUUAAAGAAGAAGCUGAAGAUGUGUCUUCCACAAAGAAGCAAAAAAGCCCCAUCAGUUUCUUCCAAAGUGUCUACUUGAAUGAAUACAAUGGCUAUGGAUUUCAGUUUCCUGUCACUCCUGCACAACGCCCUGCAGAAAACUCUGACCAACCCAGUUCUCCAGGACAGGAGCAACAAGAACAAUAGACACAUCUGUACAACCCUUACAAAUGCUUUAAAAACCUUGAAAACAGAAUCUUCUUUUUGUUCACAAUGGCAUAGGCAACUGAAAUCACGUAAUCUGGGGAAUUUCUUUGAAAAUAUUGUACUCUUCUGCCUGGUGUAGAGAGAAAACAUGAGCAAAGCAAUAAGCAGACAUGUUGAAGGAUCUGGAGCUCAAGAAUCUGUUAUUUGUAUUUGUUACCAGGCAUGGGUACUUCUAUGUUUUUAUUUCUACUCACUAUAGGAUUGUUCAUAAUUUAACGCGUACUAAAUACGGUAUUUUAAAUGUAAGUGACACAAUUACAAAAUGAAAUUCCUGACUUCAGUUAGAUAUUUAUUUUUAAAGGAAAACACAGACUAUGUUUCGAGUUUAAAGGGUAUAGGCACUUACAUAAAUGCUACUCUUUUACUUCAUAUGGGUAUCUAAACUCAAUUUACUCAGUAAAUUGAUGUUUAAUUGUUUUAUUUAUGUCUAUUUCCAAUUUAGUUGCGGCUAUGCUCUAAGAAUGGGUAACAGCUGCACCCAAGAGUGUUGUAAGUUCUUCAUGAUGUUCUUCUAGCUCAAAAUAUCUCUGAACUUUAGACAUGGAGUAGAAAUCUUUUGAUAAAUCUUAUCUCUGAGAUUUGUCUUGAAUUACAACUAGGUCAUUCACUCCAUUGGAAAUACACCAUCCAAUUGACAGGUCUUUUAAAUCAUUUGUUUAAAAUAUAAGCAAAUGAGAUGUAGUAUUUUCAUAUUUCUCCAGACUGUGUCCUAAUGAAAAUGUCACCUUGAUGAAAUUUUAGAUCAAUCACUACAUUUGUGUGACAUCUGCAAAAGAAUUUUCAUUUCACUUGAAUAGGAUCAUUCUAUGGAGUAAAUGGGUUUUCUUUCUAAAAAUGGAAAAAUAUGAAUGUCAUCAAAGUUGAAGGAACAUGUUUUAACCAUAAGUAUUUCAUGAGAUGUCUUACUUGUUUUAUAGGUCAUUGGUUAUCAGUGCUGAUGAAAUGCAUUGACAAUCUUUCAUGUACCUGAAAAUGCAUCAUUGGGAAUGACUAUUAUGGUUUUGUCACCUUUUUGUCUCCCAGUGAUAUAAACACUUAUAUUCUUUACUACAUUUUUCUAUUAACUCUACAAGUCAUGCUACUGUGACUUUAUCAUGUUUACAGUUGCAAAACUCAAUGUAUGACAACUUGACUCAGAAAAUAAAUUGAGUUAUUCUUUCUGGUAUUAUAAUCACCUUCUGGUGAGGUAGACAGAAUCAAUACUGGCCAAGUGAUUUAUUUUCAAGGACUGCAACUAACUAAAUUCUUUAAGUCCAAGAUUUAGAACACUGUUUUAUUCAAAUAUCAUCUGGCUAGGACAUCAGUAACAUAUUCAUUAUUAAUAAUGGAUUUUUAGUGACUUUGGUGAGAGAAGUUGGUCUCAGCCACAUGCUGGCCGGUGGACCUAACUUACACCACAGAAGGCAAUGCUAUAAUGAACCAAGAUUAAUGACACUUCUUAUGGGGGGACAAGAAGGCUGGAAGUGUGUGCCUUCAGUAUUGACCACAUGGUGCCAUCUUGUAAAGCCCCUUCAUGUAGCAAUGAAAAUUAGUGGGUAGGACAGUAGAUAAAGUUUAUUGCUCAACUUCUCCUCCAGCUUGUCUAAUUGAGGAGGAAAAUAAUACAGAAUAAAUAUGAUAGGUUUUUAGAUUUCAGAGAGCAGAGUGGCUUGUCCAUUAAUUCUUCCAUUCAGUGGCUAUAAAUUGAGCACUUACUCUUUCCAGGGCACUGUGUUAGGCACUGAACUGUUUAAGAAAAAUGUCAGAGAGAAAUCUACUCCCAGUGCUAUCCUGACACAAUAAGCCUUGAAAAAUUUACUAAACAUGCUAUACUUAUUUCCCCAUGUAUAAAAUAGCAAUUUCAGGGCAAACAACCUAACACUUCACAGAUGUACUGUGGAGACUGACAAAAUAUCCUAAUGAGGUUAUGACACCAAAAUAAAUUUCUGAAAUAAUACUUUUGAAUGUGAUGCUAAUUUUCCCUCUGGGUGCUUUUGUACAUUGUAUCAUUGUUUCACUCUCUUUAUGGAAACUAUGUGAUAAAAGGUAAAUUAUUAUAUAUUAUAAUUAGGAUUUUAACAAAUCAAUUAUGAUGUAAACAACAUUAAUAAUAAUUGUUAAGGUUUAUUUGUUUGAAGUUACAAUGAUGAUAGCACUUGAAAAAUAUUAAGUGAACUUUCAUCUGUUUGUACAAUUCCAUCAAAUAAAUUAUUCCUAGUUCUUUCAAGUUUG